GGGAGCGGCAUCAGGGCCAGGAAAACAAUGGUCUCAGUGACUAUGGCCACUUCCGAGUGGAUCCAGUUCUUUAAGGAAGCCGGCAUUCCUCCAGGGCCUGCUGUCAAUUAUGCUGUGAUGUUUGUGGAUAAUAGGAUACGGAAGAGCAUGCUGCUGGAUCUCAACAAGGAAAUCAUGAAUGAGCUGGGCGUGACUGUGGUGGGGGACAUCAUCGCCAUCCUCAAGCACGCGAAGGUGGUACACCGCCAGGACAUGUGCAAAGCUGCCACUGAGUCGGUGCCCUGCAGCCCCAGCCCCCUCCCAGGGGAGAUUCGCCGUGGCACAUCUAGUGCCGCCUCCCGAAUGAUUGCCAACAGCCUGAACCGUGACUCCCCACCUGGCACUCCCCCUAGGCGGCCAGACACCAGCACUUCCAAGAUCUCGGUCACUGUGUCCAACAAGAUGGCAGCAAAGAGUGCCAAGGCUGCUGCCCUGGCCCGCCGGGAAGAGGAAAGCCUGGCUGUUCCCACCAAGAGGCGCCGAGUCACUGCCGAGAUGGAGGGGAAAUACAUCAUCAAUAUGCCAAAAGGCACCACUCCUCGGACCCGCAAGAUCCUGGAGCAGCAGCAGGCAGCAAAAGGUCUCCACAGGACAUCCGUUUUUGACCGCCUCGGCGCUGAGACCAAGGCAGACAUGACAACAGGGAAUAAACCCACAGGAGUCUUCAGUCGCCUGGGGGCUACCCCAGAGAUGGAUGAGGAUCUGGCUUGGGACAGCGACAAUGACAGUAGCAGCUCUGUCUUGCAGUACGCUGGGGUACUGAAGAAACUAGGACGGGGCCCUGCCAAGGCCAGUCCCCAGCCGACCCUGACUGUCAAAGCCAAGGCCACGAGCUCAGCAACUACAGCUGCUGCCCCGAUGCUGCGGCGCCUGGCACUUUCCUCACGCCCCGGGCUUGAGAGGAAGCCGGAGACCCUGUCCAAAGUCAGCAUCAUCCAGAGACUGGGCAAGGCCACCCUUGUGCCUGAGGCCCAAGACAGCCAGGUCACGAGCACCAAGAGUAAGUCCUCGGCCGAGGUCAAGGUCACCAUUAAGAGGACUCUGGUGGGGCCCCGGGGCUGCAGCUCCAGCGAGAGCCUUGGUGCCCAGAUGGACCACGCAGGCACUGUGAGCGUGUUCAAAAGACUGGGCCGCAGGACCUUCUAGCCCACCUGUGGGGCAGGACACAGGCACAGAACGCGCAGGUGUCUGCCCCGGCCCGUCUCCAGGCUCCCGGCUCCAUCAGAGCCUUCCGUGAGGGCCCACUCACCCUCCCUGCCAGCUCCUGGAUGACACUGCUUGUCUCCUUCAGGCAUUCAAGCUGGGCCCGAGCAUUCUGAGGAUUCACCCCAUUUUUCCUAGUCUGGGAUGGUCAUUAUGGCCUGGCCUUACCUGCUCUGGGACUUUCCCCUCUCUUAUGUCCUCCGUUCUUUCCUCUCUGGCUGUGGCCUUGGCAGAGCCCACUUUUCUACCACUCCCAUGUGCCAAGUGCCCUUUUCCUCUCCUACAUUUCCCACAUUUCCCAUUUCUCCCUCUCAGCAGCAGUGUCUGCUGCCUCAAACCCCAGCCCCUCAGCCUUCCGGUCCCCUACCACCGCCCACAGAGUGGGUGUCACCUGGAGGGGCUCCCUUAUCCCCCUACCCUGCCAACUUCCCUCACUCCUCUGCACCUCCCCUGACUGAUUUAACUUUUCUGUCUUUCCCUGUCUUCACUCUGUUCAUUUCUCUUCUGUUUUCUGUCCCUGUGGCAAGGCCCGACUGUCCGCUGCGUCCUGACUGACCCUCCUGCACCUCCGACCUCCCAGCGUCCCCAUCGUCGACGGUGGCGUUGAGCCUGUAGAGACUGUUAGCUGCCCUCCACUCCCAGGCUGGAGGGACCUCCCCAGACCCUGAGCUGCAGCUGGGGUGCCUCCAUUUUCCAGCCCUGGGCGUCUUUUUCUUUAAAAGUCUAUGGUGGGUGGUGGGCAAGGGAUAUUGGGAAGGGAAGCCAGUACUGAGAGAGAAGAUGACAGCUGUUUUAAUAUAUUUUUGUGGCUUUCAAA